ACUUUUUGAGUUGUCCUUUUUUUUUACUUGUUUUUUAUUUAUUUCAAUUUGGUUGUAAUUAUGGCGCGAUACUUCAAAGAACAAGAUAUCGACGAGUUCCGUGAAUGCUUCUACCUGUUUGCCCGUUCUGGGCAGAUCACAUCUUUAGAUGAGCUGACUGUAGUUAUGAGGUCUUUGGGCAUGAGUCCUACCAUACAGGAAUUGACUGGUUAUUUGAAAGGUAAAGGUGGUAAAAUGUCGUUUGCUGACUUCCUAGAAGUGAUGCAUAUACAUUCACGAGCGGAGAACCUGCCUAGUGAGGUAGUAAACGCUUUUAAAGCGGGCGACGUCGCGAAAACAAAUGUAAUACCAGCGCGUCAACUACGUAAUUUACUACAGAACUGGGGCGAGGGACUCUCCUCUAGAGAGGUGGACAACAUAUUUCGUGAGGCGAACGUCUCCAACAAUGGUACAGUGAGAUACGAAGAUUUCGUGAAAAUCGCCUGCGCUCCUGUACCGGAUUAUUAUUAGAUUAGUAAUAAGCUAGCUAUCACCCACGACUUCGACCACGUCGAAUAUACCGUUAAUUGUCCAAAUUAACAAUAGGGCCCAAAUUAUUCCUUGUAACGUUAGCUAUCUGCAGGUGAAAGUCCCGUCAAAAUCGGUCCAACCGUUUCAGAGAUUACCAAGAACUAACAAAACAGACAGACGCGUCCGCCAGUCCGCGUGGAAUUAAGAUAAAUGAAAUUUCUAAAAUAAAAAUGGUCUCUACUUUUUACUAUUUUCUAUAACAUUAUGUAUCUGCUAGUGAAAGUUCCGUCAAAGUCGGUCCAACCAAGAUUUUUCAAGAAAAAUCUUGAGUAUUAAAUGUUUGAUGAAAGUACCAUAUAUACUUUCAUCUGUUCAGUGAAAAUUAUCAAAUUUGAAAUUACAAACAGUAAACUUCAGAUUAUUUAUUUUUAUAGGAUGUUGUUUUGUGAAAUUUUUAACUUCUACAAUAACUUCUAAAUUCCUCAUUUAUAACAAUUUGAUA